UUUUAUUUUUCCACAGCUGUUCUACCUUUUUGUAUAUAAAAAGUAAGCAAUCACAGUGUUAUGGAAUACCACGAAGAAAUAUUUUGUGCCCCAUCAUGGUAGUGAGGAAAGAUUUAGAAGAAAAACCUGAAAUUGCCAAGCUGGAUUGGUGCUCCAGUUGCAUUUCUGAGGAGUGUGCGUAGUUGUCAUAUUCUCAUCAUGACAGUAUACAAUCCAUCUUUCCCCUCAGAACACCAUCCAGCGCUGUAUCCAAAUGUUUCAAGUAAUUUUCCUUUGGUACCUUGAGGCAAUUUGUUCCCCUGCCACCUGAACCGGGAUAGGGAAAGACACGACCCGUUUGCAGUCACAGGCAGAGGGAUCACAGCAGAAUCUCUUGUCUUUCCCAGUACUGCAGAUCCAAUUGCAGACUCUUGGUGGAGCAGGAUAUUUACAAGUUGCUUGUCACUGCACACUCUUAGUUCUGCGUGUGCGUAAGGAACAGCUCACGCUGCUGUUGGAAAAGCACGUUUUUUCACUACAACCACUUGUUUCUCUGCCUGUUCUGUGCAUAAAGGAUGGUAAGAGGACAAUGGUACAGGGAGCUCAUGUACCCUUCAGUUCCGUUCUCGCCCUCAGCUGAAGAAAGGAAACCUGCAUACGCAGUAACAUGGCCUAAGAAAUGGCUUAAAUUAGAUAUUCAGAUAUUCAGAAAAAAAACUCUUCACUGUGAGGGUGGUGAAGUGCUGGGACGGCGCUGUCAGGACCUCUGGUUACUUCUCUAAUAGGACUUAGUUUUUGUUUUUAUUUCUCCGCUUGUUUCUUUCGUUCCGCGGAGCGCGCGGCGGCUCCUCCGUUGGGCUCGCUGAGGAAACGGACGAACGGCCGCGCGCUCCGGCGGCUCGGCAGCGGCAGCGGCAGCGGCAGCGGCAGCAGCAGCGCCUCUCUCGAUCGGUUUUCCGCUCGACUUUCCGCUCGCUCUCCGUUCCCUUCUCCCUCUCACACUCACUCUACUGCCGUCCCGUGACGUGCCGUGCCGUCCCUCUCAGCCUCUCCCAGCCCGGCUUAUGCCGCGUCCCGCAAGGCGCCCGUGGGCGAGUCGGCCCCCGGCCCGCCCCUGUCGGGCCCGCCUCGGUCCCACCUCCGCCAGGUUCUCUCCGCACUGCUUGUGGCGCCUCUGGAAGAGUUUCUGGAAGAGUUCCUCCCUCUGGUGGUGGGGGAGCGGCACCGUCUUUUGGCUCCGCCUGGUGCGGGCCCUGGCCCAGCCCCGAACGAGGCCCCUGCCAGAGCCGCCCCGCUGCCGCCCGGCUCCCGCCCCGUCGCCGGCAGCGUCCCCGAGCCGAGCCCGGCCGCUCGUCAGCUGGGCCGCCGGCCCCGAGUCGCCGGAGCCCGGAGCGGCUCGGGAAGCAGCAGUGCCCGGGGCGGUCGGGUGCUCCGGGCAGAAUGCCGAGAGCGCGGUGGCGCCCGGACGGGCGGAGAAGCCUCCCCUGGAGCAGCUCUACCGGCAGGGCUCGCUGCUGGGGAGCGGCGGCUGCGGCAGCGUUUACUCCGGGACCCGGCUCGCCGACGGCGCCCCGGUGGCCAUCAAGCGAGUGUCCCGGGAUCGCAUCUCGGAGUGGGCGCGGCUGCACGACGGCGCCCUUGUGCCCCUGGAGCUGGCGCUGCUCUGGAUGGUGUCGUGCCCUGGCUUCCGCGGCGUCGUGCGGCUCCUGGACUGGUUCCAGCUGCCCGACGGCUUCGCGCUGGUCAUGGAGCGUCCGGAGCGCUUUCAGGACCUGUGGUACUUCCUGGACGAGCGGGGGUUCCUGACGGAGACCGUGGCGCGGGGGCUGUUCUGCCAGGUGCUGGAGGCCGUGCGGCACUGCACCAGCCGCGGUGUCCUGCACCGCGACAUCAAGGCCGAGAACAUUGUCCUUGACCUGGCCACCGGCGAGGCGAAGCUCAUCGACUUCGGGUGCGGCACGAUCCUCCGGGACACUUUGUACACCCGAAUGUCAGGAACACCAGAAUACAGCCCACCGGAAUGGAUCCUCUUCGGCUGCUACCGUGGCCAGCCAGCCACCAUCUGGUCCCUGGGUAUCCUGCUCUAUGACCUGGUCUGCGGGCACCUUCCUUUCCACACCAAUGAGGACAUCAUCCGGGGCCAGCUCUUCUUCCCGCCCCGGGUGUCUCAAGGGUGCCAGCACCUUAUCAGGUGGUGUUUAUCCAUGGAUCCCGCAGACAGGCCAUCCUUGGAAGAUCUUCUUGAGCAUUCUUGGCUGCAGGACCCCCACCUGGCCCAGAAGACAGCAGAGAUCCAUCCCUCUACACAGUGGGGGGAUCCAGGAGCCCAGCAAGUACCAGCUGCACGUGUCUCACGGCGCUCCAAGAAAAUCCCAGAGCGUUUCCCUGCAGCCGUGGAACAGAGGAGAGAGCACAGACAAGAUGCUUCUGCUGGUCCCCAGCGAGCUGUGGAGGGAGCGGCUCAGUGCUCCCCGUCCUGUUGGAGAAGUCGUGACAGUGCAGUGAAAUUGCCACGGACUGGAGAAGGGGAAACAUCCCCCUGCAGCUCAAUGGCAUCGUGAUGUCCCCGCGAGCCGAGGUGUGGCUGGCGUGUUCUUCUGGAGCACAGCACGGAGCUGGAGAACACCAUCCUCAAGCUGCCCACUGAUUGGGCAGAGCCGAUUGGCUUUGCUUGCAGCCCCUUCCUGGAGGACACGCUCUGCACCCAGAUGAAAUCAAGAUGAGUCCCCAGCUGGCAGAGGGGCAGGGGAUGCUCGUGCUUCCAGGCAUGGCAGGGCUUGGUCUGGCCACAUGCUGGAGGUUCCCCGCUCAGCGGUGGUGGGGAAUAUUAAUAUUUCCUCUGUCUGCCAAGCUGCUUUUUAGCAGGGGACAGAUUUGUGUAAGGGGAGCCGGCUCCUGGCUUUGCAAACAGCUUCGGCAAGCCAGCCUGGCACCGGCUGGGGUGGGGGCAACCAGCCUGACAAAAGAAUCCAUCCAUGUGCAUGGGAGGGCAGCAGAGGGGGACAGGUUCCGAAGCCAUGCCCCAGCUGCUCUGCUUUGGAAGCCUUUGAGGAAGGGGUGUUUUUGUGGGUGGGAGAGGUGGGGAUUUUCCCCACCCAUGGAGAGGUUUAAUUCUCACAUGGAGUAGUCUCACCCUCCCCUGGCCUGUGACACAUCGAUAACCUUUGAUGCUUUUCCUUGUUUCCAGGUCUUGUUUUGAAUUGCCUUUCAUGCAAUUGUUCUUUGUUUUUUCCAGAAGGAUUGCACUGGUGCCUGGACUGGAUGGAGAAGUGCUGGCACCGUCUGUGGACUGUGUCCAGUGUCUGCGCUAGCCCUGGAGACCACAGUCUGCAGGGACAUCUCCUUCAAGAAGGAUGAGAACCUCCUGUGGGAUCAGCUCCUCUCCUGGCAGCAGGUCUCCAGAGGCUACCAGCACUUCAUGCCAUGGAAACGGCACCACUCGGCCUGCCAGCCUAGGAGUGCUGGAGGGCAGCAGGUGUUCAUUUGCUGUCAAAAAUUAAUUGCUUUGUUUUUGUUGUCAUCAUUGGAGCAUUUAUUUCAUUUUUUCCAAGCUUUUGGUCCCCUUCCUCCAGGGUCAGCCUUCUGAGUCCUUCCUCAGCCGUUUGAUGGCAUUUGGCAGGGGGGGUUAAGUAACAUGAAAAAAUCAACAACAGCUCCUGUUGCCAACUGCAGCAUCCCUUCAAGAAUCCAGACCUGCCAGUCAGGCCCACAAGUGACUUGGAAUGGGAAAUGGUUUGCAGGGACAAAGUUGUCACCCUGUUGCAAAAGCUGGAACGAAAUCAGAAGCAUAAAAAUGCCAUUUCGGUUCAACCCCAGCCCAAACUCAUUAUCCUUCCCCCUUUCCUGCAAUUGACCAAACCAGCCAGGGAAAAUGUCUCACUGUCUCCAAGAGCCCAUUUUGAGAUGGAAGUUUACAACUUCAGUGUUGGAUCAGAGCAUCCCAAAGUAGCAGCUGCUCAUAGAGAUUUGUAUAUUCAAGGAUUAACAAUCCUGUAUGAUCUGGAUUCAGACCAGAGCAAUCCAGGUCAUUUUCUCUCUGCAGUGAACUUUUCCAUUUACAAAAGGAUGAAAAAAGUGAGUACAAGCAUGCCUCUGAGUAAUAAACUCAAACUACAGAGUACUGUCCCCUGUCCUGGAAAAGGACUGCUCCCCUAGCAGAGCUCAGCAAAUGCAGGUGGUUUAAUCCCAUUAUCCAGAGGUUCAAAUCAUCUCCCUACCUCCUUUCUUUUCCCACCACUCUUGAUCUGACCUUCUACUUUUAAAUAUCUUUAUCUUAUCCCUAUUCCCAUGGUAUCCCAAUUCUAAUUGCUUUAGACUUCUUAAUAUUAGAAGAAUGAAAAGUCCUACAUACAAGCCAAAUAAGGCCCAAACAUUGAACACCCCUUUGGAUUACUCCAAGCGGUAGCAAAUGGAAUCAUGCUGUUCAGUACUGAGCCUCUUUGGAAGGUGAAUCCAAGCUAGUAUGGAGCAGGCACCAGGCGUACCAUUCAGCUGUGCAGACCUGUCUCAUUCCUUAAGGAUAUGUGCCUGAACAUAAAGAAUUGCUGUGGUAAGGUGAACAGAGAGCUGUAACAUGCAAAGUGAAUCUCCUCCUCCACCUCACUUCUAGGAGCAAUCAUCAUAAUUUUGAGCAACCACUGAAUCAUGGCUUGAACAAGAA